GGCGUCGCGGGGCGGGGCCGGGCGGCUCGUCGCCGAUCGCACGAUGUGACGCGCCGCCCGAGGCAGGCCGGGCCUGGAAGAUGGCGGCGAGCACCGCGAGCGGCUCGGCCCGGCAGUAGCGGCGGCACGGACUCGCCGCGGGGCCGCCGCCCCGGGAGUGGCAGCAGCGGCGGCGGGACUCGAGGAUGGUAAAAUGACGCAGGGGAAGAAGAAGAAACGGGCCGCGAACCGCAGUAUCAUGCUGGCCAAGAAGAUCAUCAUUAAGGACGGAGGCACGCCUCAAGGAAUAGGCUCUCCCAGUGUGUACCACGCGGUCAUCGUCAUCUUUUUGGAGUUUUUUGCUUGGGGAUUACUGACGGCACCCACGUUGGUGGUGUUACAUGAAACCUUCCCUAAACAUACGUUUCUGAUGAAUGGCCUGAUUCAAGGAGUCAAGGGUCUGCUGUCCUUCCUCAGCGCCCCGCUCAUCGGUGCUCUUUCUGACGUCUGGGGCCGGAAGUCCUUCUUGCUGCUGACGGUGUUUUUCACCUGCGCCCCGAUCCCUUUAAUGAAGAUCAGCCCGUGGUGGUACUUCGCCGUCAUCUCUGUGUCUGGGGUGUUUGCAGUGACGUUCUCCGUGGUGUUCGCAUACGUGGCGGACAUAACCCAAGAGCAUGAAAGAAGCAUGGCCUAUGGACAGGUCUCCGCCACGUUCGCCGCGAGCUUGGUGAUCAGCCCUGCCAUCGGCGCAUACCUGGGCCGGGUGUACGGGGACAGCCUGGUGGUGGUCCUGGCGACGGCGAUCGCGCUGCUGGACAUCUGCUUCAUCCUGGUGGCUGUGCCCGAGUCUCUGCCUGAGAAGAUGCGGCCCGCGUCCUGGGGGGCACCCAUCUCCUGGGAGCAGGCCGACCCCUUCGCGUCCCUGAAGAAGGUGGGCCAGGACUCCAUCGUGCUGCUCAUCUGCAUCACCGUGUUCCUCUCCUACCUCCCGGAGGCGGGCCAGUACUCCAGCUUCUUCCUGUACCUCAGGCAGAUAAUGAAGUUUUCACCAGAAAGUGUGGCGGCCUUUAUCGCGGUCCUCGGCAUCCUCUCCAUCAUUGCGCAGACCAUAGUCUUGAGUUUACUCAUGAGAUCCAUUGGAAAUAAGAACACCAUUUUGUUGGGCCUGGGAUUUCAGAUCUUACAGCUGGCGUGGUAUGGCUUCGGUUCAGAACCUUGGAUGAUGUGGGCCGCAGGGGCCGUGGCCGCCAUGUCCAGUAUCACCUUUCCUGCCGUCAGCGCACUCGUGUCCCGAACUGCUGAUGCCGACCAACAAGGUGUUGUUCAAGGGAUGAUAACAGGAAUUCGGGGGCUGUGCAACGGUCUGGGACCGGCUCUCUAUGGGUUCAUUUUCUACAUAUUCCACGUGGAACUGAAAGAGCUGCCAAUGACAGGAACGGACUUGGGGACAAACACCAGCCCACAGCACCACUUUGAACAGAACUCCAUCAUCCCCGGCCCGCCCUUCCUCUUUGGAGCCUGUUCGGUGCUGCUGGCUCUGCUGGUGGCCUUGUUUAUCCCGGAGCACACCAACCUCAGCCUGCGGUCCAGCAGCUGGAGGAAGCACUGUGGCGGCCACAGCCACCCUCAUAGCGCACAGGCGCCAGGAGAAGCCAAAGAACCCUUACUCCAGGACACGAACGUGUGAGCGCGGCCGGCCCGGGAGCCUUCUCCAGCUGCACCAGGCUGACUGCGCCCGAGUGCUGAUGUACAUUCCACGUCACCUCCACACUCUAGGGGUGUCUUAAGGAACGGAUCUGCAUGGACUCCGGGGAACUAAAGAAAGAACUGGACAGUUUUCCAAAGAUGUUACAAUUUCUUUCGAAAAGAAACCUUUUGUUUAACCGCACCACUUCCUUGCCACCAAGCUGUUUAUUAUAUAUGUCCUUUCAUUAAAGCUCUAUCUGUGACUUCUUAGAUACUAGCAGCGUCUCUGCUACCAUCCCAGGUAUGGGCUUUAGGCUUAUCCACAUCACAGCGGAUGGAGCAGAGGCGUGGCUGGGGGCCUGCUCGCUUUAACCUUGUGAAACCUGGGUCAAAUGAUUCAAAGCCUUAAAUGCAGAUGCACUAAAGGAAUGGUAAGGGAACGGUCUGCAGGAGAGAAACUCGAGAGAAUUAUACUAAACCUGAAUCAUGUUUCAAGCCUGUUUGUAGUCCUUUUAAACAUUCUUCACUACUGUUUUUAAAAUAAAACGUCAGCCAUGUUUCAUUCAGUUGAGUGUUGGGAGCCUGUAACCUACAUGUUGGCUCAGUUGUUCCCCAGCUCCUACACCACUACCCUUUCAUGUUCGCAAAAUCAUAACCUCAACACUUGAACACAUAACCGAAACCUAUAGUCAAGCUGGUAGCCUUGAAAACGUCCACGUGAUGUCUAAUGUAAAUACAUAUAUAUAGUGGCCUUUCAGGACUGUCACAGUAACACUUACUUACAGAGCUAAUGUGUGUCCUACAUUUUCAGGACCCUAGAGAGAGCUUUAUACGAUUCCUGAUGUGAAUUUCUCUAAAGUGUAUAUUUUUGUGUCCAGUUAUAUUAUUUAAAAAAGUGUUACUUUGUAAAAAUUGUACAUAAAGUAUUGUAUAGUUUACAGGGUUUUCAUCUUGUGUGUGAUUAUUGCUUAAUGCUUUUUAAACUUGGAACAUUCACUUAUGGUUAAAUAAGGUCUUAAAAAAUGUAAAUACUCUGUUAAUAAAAUUAAAUAUUUUAAUGAUUUUUAAAAGAAA